AUGAAAAAUCUGAAAGCGUCCACCAGGGCACAGGCCAGCCCCCUUCCACACGGCCCCACGGUCUUCCUAGGCUGCGCUGAGCAGCAGCAGGCGGGAGGGGGCCGAGCUGUGCACAGUUGUCGCCAGAAGUUGGAGCGCAGGGCGGCCCACCUGCCACCCACCUGCUGCCCACCUGCCGCCCACCUGCCGCCCACCUGCCGCCCACCUGCCGCCCACCUGCCGCCCACCUGCCGCCCACCUGCCGCCCACCUGCCGCCCACCUGCCGCCCACCUGCCGCCCACCUGCCGCCCACCUGCCGCCCACCUGCCGCCCACCUGCCGCCCACCUGCCGCCCACCUGCCGCCCACCUGCCGCCCACCUGCCGCCCACCUGCCGCCCACCUGCCGCCCACCUGCCGCCCACCUGCCGCCCACCUGCCGCCCACCUGCCGCCCACCUGCCGCCCACCUGCCGCCCACCUGCCGCCCACCUGCCGCCCACCUGCCGCCCACCUGCCGCCCACCUGCCGCCCACCUGCCGCCCACCUGCCGCCCACCUGCCGCCCACCUGCCGCCCACCUGCCGCCCACCUGCCGCCCACCUGCCGCCCACCUGCCGCCCACCUGCCGCCCACCUGCCGCCCACCUGCCGCCCACCUGCCGCCCACCUGCCGCCCACCUGCCGCCCACCUGCCGCCCACCUGCCGCCCACCUGCCGCCCACCUGCCGCCCACCUGCCGCCCACCUGCCGCCCACCUGCCGCCCACCUGCCGCCCACCUGCCGCCCACCUGCCGCCCACCUGCCGCCCACCUGCCGCCCACCUGCCGCCCACCUGCCGCCCACCUGCCGCCCACCUGCCGCCCACCUGCCGCCCACCUGCUGA